UUUCACCUGCUCCAGGAUUUUUGGGCCAAAGAAAUGUCAGGCAAAUUGAAGACGAACUUCGUUUCUGGCUGUCGUGAAUGAUCUGGUGGACAUCUUAAGUUCAUGCAGACGCGUGCCUGCCACUACUGUCCGAGAGUUCUUUGCAUCCGUGUUUCAUUGGAACCGAACAGUGACUGGACGAAGCAAGCUAACGACAAAAAAGCUAACUAGUGUGCUAAGUAGGCUAACAGCAUGGAAGGACUGGAUGAGGUCACAGUGUCGGUUUUAAAGGCAAACAAGCCUGCAGAUAUCGACAGUCCAGACACCCACUGUCCAGCAACCUUGGCCAAACACUACAAUACCCUACAAACUUUGUUUAAUAUAAAAAACCCAAACCACCAGGAUGUCUCUCAGCUCCUGGAUUUGGAAUUUUCAGCCAGAAGAGCAUUCAUUGAUUCAAAUACUAUUCGCGAGGAGGACAGACACAAAAAGGUUCUAGAAGCAUAUCCUUGCUUCAAGGACAUUGGACAUGUGAUGGAGGAGCUUCAUCGCAUUUUGGAUAAAGAUAAUGGCAACUUCGUCAAUGAACUGAAGGGAAGAUGGCAAGAUUUCUGCCAGAAGGUGCAGUUUUUUGGUGUAUGGAAAAAGACGCUGAAGCCCCCAAUAGGAAUGGAUAAAGCUGAACAGGCUCUUGAGAUCCUGCGUGUGCUGCCAUCACUGUUCCCAUCCACCUCUGCUCCUCCAAAGAGGGCACGGGAUGCGAGUGAGGCUCUGGUGCAUGUCCUUGAGGACCAAGAAGACCCUAAUACCUAUUUGAUGAAACGUCCUCUCUCCUGCCCAGUCCUGAUCGCGAGUCCGUCCAACUGCAUCCUAGCGGUAGGAGAUGUGCCAAUAACUACGUUUCCAAAAGACGAGGUUACGGAGGGUGCUUUAUACCUUAUGGCCUACUAUUAUACCCUACACCUUACAUACCCAAAGUGUGUAGCCACUCUGCUUUCCGUCAUACAGACGGAGGUUCUCUUGGACAAAAUCAAUGAGCGAGAUCUCACAUCAUCUUACAAGAAGAGCAUGGCUGACUGGAAUGCUUUUAUUGGCCAGUAGAGCCAGUGUGGUUAAGAUGUGGACUAUAGGAAAGCACUUCUUCUCUCCUUCCAAGGCUACUACAGUCCAUGUUGGUUGCGAUUGAUUUUUGUUUGGAAAUUGGCCAGGUUAGCCCAGUUUUAUAAUUAAGGAUGCACGAUAAUAUCGGCGAACAUGCCGACAUUUUAUGUUUGGUUUGUGCAGUGCAGAGACUGCCUAGCUUUUAGUUGAUUUUAAAGGUGUUUUUUUUUUUUUUUUAAUGUUGAGUUUAGGCUACAGUGUAUUCAGCGGAUAGGCUCCGUGCAUCCUUAAUGAUAAUUUUACAAUGGUAUUGUUUGAAGAAUGUUGUCAAAUGUCCAUGUUAAUAUAGCCCAGGACCUUUAAUUUAAAUGAUAAAAACAUUUUGUAUUAAUAACAAAUGUUACAGGUUGAGCAGUUUUAGUAUGCCUAGCAGUGUGUUUGUCUGUGCUUUGAAUUGUGCCUGUGCAAUGCACAGAUUUUAGCAGUGUAUUAAGGGCCAGAUUGGGCAGAACAAAAAGUCACUGCAAAAUGACUUCUUUAAUGCAGUCCUCUCUGUUUAUGGGGCUUUACCAAUAAAGUUGCUGCUCUGCAAAUCUA